GCACCGAGGAGACGCAGCUUGCGCAGAGAGAGCGCGCUGUCGGCAUCAGUGAGCCAAGCUGUGGAUAAUGCUCGACAGAGUCAACAAAUAGAGUCAAACUGCGGGUUUGGUGUUAAGCUUAUGAAUUAUGGUAGUAAAUAUUCCUCAGUGACUGGACUGGGAGUGCGCUCCUCCGGGAUAUGGUGGAUACAUGGUUGAAUCAAGAGCCAGAACAUUUGUGUUAGAAUUUGCGUCUUUGGGAUCGAGUCGUAGCCGUCGCUCGCAGUGAUGGAAAGUCGCGUUUUGUUGACAUGCGUGCUGGCCUGCGUGCUCCUGCGGCCAUCGGCUCCACAGAGCCCCUUACCUGAGGGAGUGCUGAACUGCUGCGAAGGCGAUGUCCUCUUCCUACUGGACUCCUCGGGCAGCGUCUCAUCCUACGAGCACUCCCGCAUGCUCAACUUCCUCUCCGAGCUUCUCCUCCCCUUCUCGCUGGGAGAGGACCAAGUGAGGGUGGGACUUCUGCAGGUGGGCACCGAACCACGCCUGGAGUUUGGGUUUGACACCCACGACACCCAAAGCGGCCUCCAGGGGGCUUUGAGGAACACCAAACCUCUCAGAGGGGACACGAACACAGAAGUGGCUCUGAAGAUGGCAAAGGACUGGGUGUUGCGGCCCGGGGCGGCAGGCGGGGCCCGGGCGGGGCUACCAAGGGUUCUGGUGUGGCUGACGGACGGGGUGAAGCCGGGUGAUGUGAUCGGACCGAUGGCCGAGCUGCGUGACGAGGGCGUGGCCGUGCUGGUGGUGUCCACCGGGCACGGCAACUAUCAGGUGUUGCGGGAGGUGGUGACCCCGCCCGUGGAGCUGCACCUGUACUUUGUGGACACUGAUGACAUGACUAUCAUUGCAGAUGACCUGCGGGAUGCUAUCAUUGAAAUCAUCCGGGCCCAGCGACUCCACGUCCGAGACGUCUCCACCGACUCUGCCAUGCUGCACUGGAGACCCGUUUUGUCCGGUGUGACAGGCUUCUAUGAGAUCCGGUUUGGGCCACUUCCAUCAGGAGUGGGAAGCGGUGGUGUAGGCGGCACUGGUACCAGUCCAAGCACCAGUGGCAGUCAAUACCAGAGACUAACCCAACCUGCAGAUUCCAGUGCAGUCAAGCUAACGGGCCUGAAGCCUGAUACAACCUAUAUUGCCACACUGACACCAGAGUCAAAUGAACAAGUGUUGAACACGCUCUCUGUCAGCUUUACAACAAAGCCAGAGGUCCUGAGCCCUGCUGUGGUAACAGUCUCAGAGUCGGGGUUAACCAGUGUGAGGGUGAGUUGGGGUCCCCUCCAGCCACAGUCAGUCAAAAGUUACCUCAUCGAAUACUCUGCCUUGCCCAGCGGCCAACUCCACACGGUCACAGUGGACCAGUGGCAGAACUCCACGCUCCUCCAGAACCUCCAGCCAGACACCACCUACUUGGUCACUAUCAGCGCUCGGCACUCCUCUGGCAAGGAGAGGGCCAUGUCUUUGAAAGUAUGCACUCAGGAAGUGACCCCGGCCUUGGCUGACCUCCAGCUGACUACAGUUGGUAGUGACUCAGUCCAGGUUGAUUGGAAGGGGAGUAUGGCUGGUCUGAAGGGCUACUGGCUCACCUGGGAGGGGCAGAAAGGCUCUCUCCCCAACCAGCGUUCCUCCCGCUAUUUGCCCCCCAACUCGCUGUCAACUCGCCUCACACACCUUCCCCCUUCCACCCGGGUGUGUGUGUCACCGGUCUACCGCACAGCGUGGGGAGAGGGACUCUGUUGCACUGCACAGUUUCACUCAGAUGCAUUAGCAUACGGCUACAGAUCAUAGCUGCCCUGGAACUGAAGGUGCAUCAUACCAAACAUGGAGGGCUAAUGACAAGAAGAAUGCAGACUUUGAUCCAUAAUUCUUUCUUGCGAUCCCCUCUGUGGAUAUCAUCCAAAGGAUAUGUGUGGUUUGGCUUACUGAGCACUCAUGUGGAAACCAUAGACUCUUAUGAGUGGUCUAGGACAGUAUGGCCAAAUGCUAAUAGCUACAGCCUGCAACACAGAGGAGUAUUUGCUUUUCCCAUUUAUUGUCUCACCGGUUUUACACUGUGUAAUCAAAUUGUACAAUGCUUUAGUUUGUUUAAGAUACAAGCUUAAGAUAAACAAAAGAUAACUAUUAGGUCUGCUUUUCAGAAAUAAAGUAGGGCAUGCUGGGAAUGUUGAAUGUUUUAUGUAGCCCGUUUUGGAGAAAAGCCAUACACCAUAUGUGGUUCUCAUGCCUAAAUGAGACAAACACACACAAACAACUUGUGAUUUACACUUAUGACUAUCCAGUUAUGUUCAUUAUGACUUCUCUCUUGAGGUAUAUAUGCUUGGUAUCAUUAAAUAUGUGUAUGUGUGCAGAAAGGGUUGCUGCAGCAGGGCAAAUGAACACACGAUCCCUAAUAACAGAGGAUCUUCAGGAUUGCUUUGAACUUUUGA